AGGUCUAAUAAAAAUAUAAACAAUGAAUUAGCAUAUUUUACAGAUACAAAAAGAGUUUUUGCAAUGCAGUAAACGAAUUUUUUAUUUUUCAUUCAUUGAAUUCAAACCCAUAAAACAAUAACAUCAUAACGAUAUCAUAUAAAGUGGGUUUUUAGGCAAUUCGAAAAAAAUGGCAAAUAUACUAGAAGAAAAACUAAGGGAAGCUGUUAGUAUAGGAGAUGUAGACUCAGUUAAUACACUGUUAUCUCAAAAAGUCAAUGUAAAUUCUCAAAACAGUGUGAAUGGAUGGACUGCUCUUCAUUGGGCUUACAAGAGAGAAAACAAGCAUCUCAUAAAACUUCUUGUUGAUCACGGUGCAAAACAAGAUGUAAGAAACUCCCAAGGACAGACUCCUAACGAAGUAAGUCCUGACUUAAAUUCCAAAGAUAAAUCAUCCAAUGGUGGACUGCAUAUUAUACCAAAUUAUUUGAAGAAUCCUUCGUCAAGUGUUGAUCUUGGAACAGCUCAGAAAAAACAAAAGACUGCUGACUAUAAGAAGGUGACAGUUAAAGAGGAAGAAGUUAGUAGUCCAUCUUUAAAGGAGGAAGAUGUUUUAGUGAUACCAGUUAGAAUUGCAGACCUCGAAGACCAAGAUUAUAUAGAUAUUGAAAUCCCUAAAUCAAACCUGACCUAUGCAAAUUUGCUGAGAGUAUGCUGCCAAGAACUGAAAGUUCGUCAAAAUCAAGUAGAGAGAAUAAGAAAGCGUCCAUGUACCAGAUUAAGGAAUGACAACGAUGUUAAGAGGCUAGAAAAAUAUAACAACUUGGAAAUUGUACUCAAGCCGGAAUUUUAUGCAGACUUUUUAGUAAUACAAGUUAAGAUAGAAAGUGACGACCCAGAUUAUAUAGAAAUUGAAAUCGCUAAAUCAAACCUGACUUAUGCAAAUUUGCUGAGAGUAUGCUGCCAAGAACUGGGAAUUACUGAAAAUCAAGUAGAAAGAAUACGAAAGGAACCAGAUGUCAGAUUAAGGAAUGACAAAGAUGUUAAAAGGCUAGAUGAAGAUGACAGCUUGGAAAUUGUACUAAAGCCAGAAUUUUAUGCAGACUAGAGAUUUCAUACAUCUCGUAUUUAACUCUUAUAUCUUGAUCUGACUGUUAGUUGUGCUUACUCAUUAUACAUUGGAAUUUUUGAAUACAAGUUUAUAUUUUUAA